AUGCAAAACAUCAGCAACCCUUUUAGACUUGAUACUGAUCCAAAAAACUGCGGAAACUAUAACUAUACCUUGUACAGUGAGAACAAUACUUCUGCCAUAUUGUACUUGUAUGCAGUAAAAUAUUACGUGCAGGCAAUCAACUAUGAAAAUUUCACAGUCCGAGUGGUGGAAGCCGGUAUUCAAAAAGGCAACUGCUCCUCCCUUUCUUUGGCUGAUGCAAACGUCAGUACUCUCGAAGGUCGAUUUUCUCCGUAUUACUACAAAUGGAGCAAAUAUAGGCCACCUUCGUUAUAUCAAUUUGUGAUUUUCGUCAACUGUGAAAAUCCAGUGAAUUCAACUCUUUAUGUGGACACUGCUCCUUGCCUUAAUUAUGGAGUAAGCAACUCUUCCAACUCUUCUCCUGCAACUCAUUACUAUGUGGUUUUUGGGGGUACGACAGCCUCAGAUUUAAUGGAACGGUGUAGCAUGGUGAAAAGAAUGCCGCUUAGGGAGAAGGAUUACACGAAUAUGUCCUUCAAAGAAAUUUACAGUGACAUCUCAUAUGGGUUUGAGCUUUCGUGCUUAUGCCAGACGAAACCGUGUCCAAUGGGUACUCGAAUAUAUCAGUUAUUAUCUCCGGUGUGCACUCAUUUUAUUAGUAUCGAUGGUGCAGUUGAUAUUUUCCUUUAG